AGUCCCGCGGCUCCUCGCGCCGGCGGCUGCUCCGCGGAGCCCGAAGCCCGGCCCGAGCGGCGCUGAGACGGGCGGCGGCGCCCCGCCCUGGGCCUCCAUUGUUGCGGCGGCCGCGGCUCUGCGGGCCGCUGGGUUCCGUUCCGCUGGGCCCGGGCGCCGGCGGCGGCCUGAGGCGCGUGGCCGCGGAGUCCUCCGGACCCUCCACUAGCGGAGUGGCUGCUCGCUGAGGAAGGACCGUCCAGUCCCCGAGACAGAAAGCAGCCAUGGAGGAGUUAAUAGUUGAACUGCGUCUCUUCCUUGAACUCCUGGACCACGAGUACCUAACGUCCACCGUCAGGGAGAAGAAGGCCGUGGUCACGGACAUCCUGCUCAGGAUACAGGCCUCCCAAGGUUCUGAGGCCAGAGACCACGCUCCGAAGCAGGAGGCCCCCAGCAGCCUGCCGGCGCCCCCCCAGAUGCCUCUGCCGGAGAUCCCGCAGCCCUGGCUGCCCCCCGACAGCGGGCCGCCCCCGCUGCCCACAUCCUCGCUCCCGGAGGGUUACUAUGAGGAGGCCGUGCCGCUGAGUCCGGGGAAAGCUCCGGAAUACAUCACGUCAAAUUACGACUCGGAUGCAAUGAGUAGCUCUUACGAAUCGUACGACGAGGAGGAGGAGGACGGCAAGGGGAAGAAGACGCGCCACCAGUGGCCCUCGGAGGAGGCCUCCAUGGACCUGGUGAAGGACGCCAAGAUCUGCGCCUUCCUGCUGCGCAAGAAGCGCUUCGGACAGUGGACCAAGUUGCUCUGCGUCAUCAAAGACACCAAACUACUGUGCUAUAAGAGCUCCAAGGACCAGCAGCCGCAGAUGGAGCUGCCCCUGCCGGGCUGCAGCAUCGCGUACAUCCCGAAGGACGGCAAGAAGAAGAAGCACGAGCUGAAGAUCACCCAGCAGGGCACGGACCCCCUGGUCCUCGCGGUGCAGAGCCAGGAGCAGGCCGAGCAGUGGCUGAAGGUGAUCCGCGAGGUGUACAGUGGCUGCAGUGGGCCCGUGGACGCCGAGUGUCCCCCGCCGCCAGGCUCCCCGGUGCACAAGGCAGAGCUGGAGAAGAAGCUGUCCUCGGAGAGACCCAGCUCGGACGGGGAGGGUGUCCUGGAGAAUGGAGUCGCCGUGUGCAACGGGAAGGAGCAAGUCAAGAGGAAAAAAAGUUCCAAAUCGGAGGGCAAGGGGACCGUAUCUAAAGUCACUGGGAAAAAAAUCACCAAGAUCAUCGGUUUGGGAAAGAAGAAGCCGUCGACCGACGAGCAGACCUCCUCCGCCGAGGAGGACGUGCCCACCUGCGGCCACCUGCACGUGCUCUCCAACAACCGCUGGCGGGAGCGCUGGUGCCGGGUCAAGGACAACAAGCUCCUCCUGCACAAGGACAGGACCGACCUGAAGACCCACCUCGUGUCCAUCCCCCUCCGAGGCUGCGAGGUGGCCCCGGGGCUGGACUCCAGGCACCCCCUGACCUUCCGGCUGCUCCGCAACGGGCAGGAGGUGGCCGUGCUGGAGGCGGCGUCCUCGGAAGACAUGGGCCGGUGGAUCGGGGUCCUGCUGGCGGAGACGGGGUCCUCCACAGACCCCGGCGCGCUGCACUACGACUACAUCGACGUGGAGAUGUCGGCCAACAUCAUCCAGACGGCCAAGCAGACCUUCUGCUUCAUGAACAGACGUGUCAUCUCCACCAACCCCUACCUCGGGGGCACCCCCAACGGCUAUGCCCACCCCAGCGGGACGGCGCUGCACUACGACGACGCCCCCUGCGUGAACGGCUCGUGGGACCCCGACGGCGGCGCGGCCGCUUCCUGCCGCGGAGGCGGAGGCCCGGGAGCAGCGGUGCUGUACGAUAACGCGGCCCUGUACGAUAACUUGCCGUCGCCGGAAAUCUUUGCGCGCUACCCGCCUGCUGACAGGAAGGCUGCUAGGCCGCCUGCCGACACCCUGCCCUGUAACCAUUACCAGCAGCCCACGUCCUGCGGGCUGCCUUCCGCCCCGUCUGUCACUAACACCUCUUCUGUGGGGAGGGCGUCUCUCGGGCUCGGCUCCCAGCUGAAGAGUAAAAAGCCGCCGCUCGCAUCCAGCGGGGCUGCGGGAAAAGGCAAGACCCUGAGCAGCCAGCCCAAGAAGGCCGAGCCGGCCGCCGGCGUGAGGCGCACGCCUUCCAAUGCUGACCAGUACAGAUACGGCAAGAACAGGGUGGAAGCCGACGCCAGGCGGCUGCAGAGCCAGGAAGAGGAGCUGCUGCGGCGGAAGGAAGCCCUGCGGACCAGGCUGGCCCAGCUCCGGAAGGAGAGGAGGGACCUGCGGGCCGCCAUCGAGGCGAACGCUGGCAGGAAGGCGCAGCUGGCCCUGGAGGAGAAGCUGAAGGCGCUGGAGGAGGAGUGCCGGCGGAAGGAGGCGGAGCGCGUCAGCCUGGAGCUGGAGCUCACCGAGGUCACCGAGAGCCUCCGCAAGGCCCUGGCCGGCGGCGUCACCCUGGGGCUGGCCAUCGAGCCCCGCUCCGGGACCUCGAGUCCACAGUCCCCAGUGCUCAGGCCCCGGACUCUGGAGAACUCGCCGCUGUCCAGCUGCGAGACCAGUGACGCCGAGGGCCCCGUGCCCGUGAACAGCGCCGCCGUCCUGAGGAAGAGCCGGCCGGCCGGCAGCUCUCCCUGCCGGGGGCACGUGCUUCGCAAGGCCAAGGAGUGGGAGCUGAAGAACGGGACGUAGGACAGCGGACGUCACGAGAGACCGCGGCUCCAGCAGGCCCGCCGUGCCCGACCCGCGUAUUUUUCUACUGUAUGACGACGUGCCCUGUAAAGAGAUGUGCCUGGA